UGAACAGUCGCUUGAGUCAUAGCUUCAUUCAAACGCCGUGCAGAGCGUGCGCAUGACUCGCGAGCUACACGCUCACUCGCAAUCAGAUCCAUUCCUUGGACCCUUGGAUUCCUUGGUUUUCACGCCUGCCGCUCCCUCGCGAGAGAGUGAAAGAAGACGAGGCAGGAGGGGGGAUCCGCGCGAGUGAGCCAUCGAGAGUCAGGGAGAACGGACCACGGUACCGACCGCGACGGGGAUGUACAGCAAACACCGACAGAAAGAUGGCCCAUUUUUAUCGAUACAAUGCAGACAUUCGCUAAUAAUGUUGUCGCUUUUACUUCUGAACGGCAUCCUGCAGAGCGCGAGUGGAGUCAUUCGGGAACAAGAAGGCGGGCGGACGGUGACGGCUCGGUGGCUCUCGGGCGGACGCAGCCGACGGGAUGCCGGGCCACACCCACAGACUCAGUUCCCAGACAGAGGAGAGAUCGUGGUCUCGGCACAGGACCUGGAGUUGGUGCUACAGGUGGAGCGCAAUCAGGAGCUUCUUGGUGAAGACUUCACAGAGACCCAUUACAGUGAGGAUGGAACGCCCGUGACCCUUACAUCCAAUCAGACGGAUCACUGCUUCUAUCAUGGGCGAGUACAAGGUCACACAGACUCCUGGGUAGCCCUCAGCACGUGUUCAGGAGUAAGGGGCCUGAUUGUCUUGAAUGCAAACGACACAUACUACCUGGAGCCCAGGGGAGGCCAGGAGGUCCUCCAGCACUCCUUCUACCGCACCGAGGAGCUGUCCAUCCAGGGUGGCACCUGCGGGCACGGGCAUCAGACUGGACACCCUAGACUCAUCUCCAGUCUCCUUCAACCUUUGCAUCAAAGGGUGAGACGCAACGCCGGCGGCACAACCAAGUACAUGGAGCUGUACAUCGUGGCCGACAGCACCCUGUAUAAAAGACAAAACAAGGACUAUCACAAAACCAAGCUGAGGAUAAUGGAAAUUGCUAACUACGUUGACAAGUUUUACAGGGCCCUGAACAUCCGCGUGCCCCUGAUCGGCCUGGAGAUAUGGAUGGAGAGGGAUCAGUGUAUCGUCAACGAGGAGCCCAACGCCACCCUCUGGUCCUUCCUGCAGUGGCGUCAGAAGCUCAAGUCCCGCAAGAAGCACGACAACGCCCAGCUCCUCACGGGCGUGAUCUUCAAGGGUACCACCAUUGGCAUGGCACCGCUGGAGGGCAUGUGCAGCCACGAGAACUCCGGGGGCAUCAAUGUGGACCACUCCGAGUACCCCAUCGGUGCCGCAGCCACCAUGGCACACGAGAUCGGUCACAACUUCGGCAUGAGCCACGACCACGAGGGCUGCUGCGUCGAGGCCUCGGCCGAGCAGGGGGGCUGCGUCAUGGCCGCUGCCACUGGGCACCCGUUUCCCAAGGUGUUCAGUGGCUGCAGCAAAAGGGAUUUGGACAACUACUUCCAGAAGGGCGGAGGCAUGUGCCUGUUCAACAUGCCCAACAUGAAGGACCUGGUCGGGGGGAAGCGCUGUGGGAACGGCUUUGUGGAGGAAGGGGAAGAGUGCGACUGCGGGGAGCCUGAGGAGUGCACCAACGACUGCUGCAAUGCCAACAACUGCACACUUAAAGUGGAGGCAGAAUGUGCUCAUGGGGUCUGCUGCGAGUUAUGCAAGCUCAAGCAGGCGGGCACCAUGUGCCGUGGGCCGGCUGGGUCAUGUGACCUGCCCGAGUACUGCACGGGUGGCUCGCCCUACUGCCCGUCCAAUGUCUACCUGCUGGACGGAUCCACGUGCCAGAGCGGCCAUGCCUACUGCUACAACGGCAUGUGCCUGACCCACGAGGCCCAGUGUCUACAGCUCUGGGGCUACGGUGCCCGUCCCGCACAUGAUGCCUGCUUUCAGGACGUGAACGUGGCAGGCAACGCUUUUGGCAACUGUGGAAAGGACGCCCAGGGCAACUAUGUCAAGUGCGACAAAAGUGAUGCCAAGUGUGGCAAGAUUCAGUGCCACAGCGCCGCCAAGAAGCCGAAGGGCACCAACGCCGUGUCCAUCGACACCACCAUCCGCAGGAACGGCAUGGACGUCAAGUGCAGGGGCACCUACGUCUACACCACCCAGGAGGGGCAGGGCGACCUGCCUGACCCUGGCCUGGUCAUAACGGGCACCAAAUGUGGCGAGGGGAAGGUGUGCAAAGAUCGCCGCUGCCAAAACGCCUCCUUCACCGAGCUGGAGAACUGCUUGGAUCGUUGCCAUAGUCACGGGGUUUGCAACAGCAACGGGAACUGCCACUGCAACCGCGGGUGGGCACCCCCUUACUGCGAGAAGCCAGGCCUGGGGGGCAGCGUGGACAGCGGGCCUGUCCAGUAUGACAGUCAGCUGGGCUUGGUCAUCGGACUGCUCUUUGUUUUCCUGGUGCUACUCCCCGCAGUCCUGAUCUCCUUCUACUGCUACAAGAUCAAGAGCUCCUACUACCACAAGUGGCUUUCGCAAAGGGAGAAGACCAAGGCCAGCAGACACAAGGCUUCCAUGGAGAAGGGGAAGAAUGGCCACUUGAAUCCGGCGUUCCAUCUGAAGGUAGUGGCACCUUCCAACAAGGGCACUAACCUAAAGGGGAUUCCUCACACCAGCAAAGAAGUCCUUCCUCUCAGGCCCGGCCCCACACCUAAUGGCUCUCAGCUGGUGAACGUGGUGCGUCCGCUCCGGCCAGCCCCAUCCCCCCACAUCUCUCCCAGGGAUGCCAAGGGGGCGCGGCCACCCAUCCCCGCCAGCAAGCCGCCCGCCGCGCCACCCAAGUCCCCCGCACACUCCCACAAGCUCAGCCCGCCCAAGAAGCCGCUGCCUCUCAACCCCACGCGCUCACCUCUGCUGGUGUCUGAGCUGCAGCCCCGCCACUCGUCCUCCCCUCCCCAGAGGCCCCUGCCCCUCAGCCCCGCCCGGGCCACCCCGGCCAAGCCCUCCUCAGGGGGACUGCUGGUGAUGAUGCCGCCUGUCGUGAGGCCCAAGCCUGUGGGCAUGGUGUCGGCCGCGCCUCCUCUCAAAGCACUCAGACCCGUACCUGGAGCAAAACCAAACACAGCCUCGUCGCCUUUCAGAAAAUGACCCUGGCAGGAACUGAACUCUGGACCAGAGACUGUAGUCUAUUUGCACUAAAAAAAAACCCAUAAAGACCUUGUUUGGAGGCGGGUACAAGGACAGACUGUCCAACCAUCCUCCAGGAGAGGGUGAGUGGUACUGGGGUUGAGUUGAGGCUCUGCACCCCCCCCUAACCCCCCCCCAAACCCCCAACCCCAUUCAGCCCGCACUCCCACUGUUGACGACCCCCACCACGCUUGGCACACUUGCCCAGCACAAGAGAAGACGCGGUUUUUGCACUCCGAAGACACAGAUGCAGAACUGAGACAACAAAUAAAAAAAACAAAUGUUUUUAGUUUUGGGAGGGGGGAGAGGAGCGGUCAUGUUACCAAAAUCUUGAUUCUGUCGCCAUUACGUUUACGUGUUUGUGUAAUGAUUUUAUUUGUCGUGUUUUUUUUUUUAAAUAACUGGUUGUCUCGUUUACAUUAAGGUUUUCUCGUUUUUUUAAUUGUUUGUUUUUGCUUUUUAAUGUUUAUGUAUGAUGUGCCAAAGACAGUUUUUGUUGAACUGUUCGCUCAUUUUCUUCCAUGUGAAUUCCUCAAGUGUAUUUUAUGUUUUUUAAUUUGCAUCCUUACAUAAAAAUCAACCGUUUUUUUUUACUAAGA